AUGCAAUCUGAGAAGUACUCCCAGUAUGUGGAUAUUAUGGUCCCUCUAUUUCGUGCUUUGCAGAAUUAUCGACUUGGGAACCUGGUUGAUUCGUACCAGGCAUUCGAAAAAUCUGCCAAUGCUUUCAUUCAGGAAUUUCGGAAUUGGGACUCGGCGUGGGCUUUGGAUGCAUUGCACGUGGUUGCUUAUGAAAUUAGGGUUCUUGCAGAGAGGGCUGAUAGAGAAUUGGGUGCAAUUGGGAAAAAUCCAGAGAAAUUGAAAGGGGCAGGCUCGUUUCUCAUGAAAGUGUUUGGGGUUCUUGCUGGAAAAGGCCCGAAGCGUGUCGGAGCUUUAUAUGUGACUUGCCAGUUGUUUAAGAUUUAUUUCAAGCUGGGUACAGUUCACCUAUGUCGAAGUGUCAUAAGGAGCAUUGAAACUGCUCGUAUUUUUGAUUUUGAGGAGUUUCCUAUCAGGGAUAAGGUGACUUACAUGUAUUACACUGGCCGCCUGGAAGUAUUCAAUGAGAAUUUCCCUGCUGCUGAUCAUAAAUUGUCGUAUGCCUUGACUCAUUGCAACUCUCGCAGCGAAGCUAAUAUAAGGAUGAUUCUGAAAUAUCUCAUACCUGUGAAGCUAUCAAUAGGCAUGAUACCCAAAAAUUCACUCCUUGAGAAGUAUAACCUAACUGAGUACAGUAAUAUUGUGCUUGCUUUGAAAAGGGGUGAUCUUCGACUUCUUCGACAUGCUCUCCGGGAGCAUGAAGACCGGUUCUUAAGAUCAGGUGUUUAUCUUGUUCUAGAGAAGCUAGAGCUCCAAGUUUACCAAAGAUUGGUGAAGAAAAUCUACAUUAUUCAAAAGCAGAAAGAUCCAAAUAAAGCGCACCAGAUCAAGUUAGAAGUUAUAGUUAAAGCUUUGAAAUGGCUUGAGAUGGACAUGGAUGUUGAUGAGGUCGAGUGCAUAAUGUCCAUUCUAAUAUACAAGAAUCUUGUGAAAGGAUAUUUUGCUCACAAGAGUAAAGUGGCUGUUCUAAGCAAGCAAGACCCUUUCCCUAAAUUAAAUGGGAAACCUGUUGGUUCAUAA